ACUCAGGGAUUUAUCUUCACAAAAAUGUAGACACAGUUAAUAGGUGUCCUGUUAUUUCAAUUCUACAGACUUGUCAAAGUGGGAUUUUGCAAUGUGGGUUCAUUUAUAUAUGUAACAAUUUAAAGGUUCUACGGUAAUUUUGGUCUUAUUUAUUCAAUGUUCGAACUAAAUCAGCUCUUCAAUGUUAGCCUCAUUUCUGUUUACAAAGAUGGGAUUUCAAGGGAAAGUGAGGAUCUUACUGACUCUUCUGAGCUCAAUUAUGGUGGUGGAGAGUGCCCUCAACAGAAAGAGCUUUCCCCAGGGAUUCACAUUUGGCAGUAGUUCAUCUGCCUAUCAAUUUGAAGGUGCAGUGGCCAAGGAUGGGCGAAUGCCAAGCAUUUGUGACACUUAUUAUGAUAUACCCUCACAUACCUUGGAUGGAAGCAAUGCUAAUGUUACAGUCAAUCAGUAUUACUUAUAUCCAGAAGAUAUCAAAAUGAUGGCAAAAGUAGGGUUUGAUGCUUACCGCUUCUCAAUUUCCUGGUCCAGAUUAAUUCCAGAGGGGAGAGGAUCUGUCAAUGCCAUAGCAGUGGAGCACUACAACAAUCAAAUUAAUACCCUUUUGGAAUUUGGCAUAGAACCAUAUGUGACUAUCAGCCACUUUGACAUUCCACAAGCAUUAGAAGAUGAAUAUGGAGGCUGGCUAGACCGUCGCAUUAUAGAUGAUUUUGCAAAUUAUGCAGAGGUCUGCUUCAACUUAUUUGGUGACAGAGUGAAGCAUUGGAUCACAAUAAACGAACCUAAUCUAGAGGCAAGUAUAGGAUAUGAUCUUGGAGUCAUGCCCCCAGGCAGGUGCUCUGCUCCCUUUGGAAAUUGCACUCAAGGAAAUUCUACUACAGAGCCUUACAUUGCUGCCCAUUACCAACUCCUUUCACAUGCUGCUGCUGUAGCAAGGCUCAGGAAAAAUGAGGCAAGAAAAAAUAGCUCUGUUGGAUUUCCAAUCAACCAAUUCUGGUACGAACCACUGACAAAUAGCAGUGAAGAUCUGGAGGCACAACAAAGAGCUCUUGAAUUCACAGUAGGAUGGAUUUUUGAUCCAAUUUUUUUUGGUGACUAUCCCUCUUCCAUGAGGAAGAGAGUGGGUGAACGUUUACCCAAAUUUACAGAAGAUGAAGUUGAGAUGCUUAAGGGCUCCAUAGACUUCAUAGGUCUCAACCAUUAUGGGUCUCUGUACGCUACAGACAAAAAUUCUUCCUCCACCAUCAGAGAUUAUUAUGCUGACAUGGCUGUUGAAUUAACAGGAGUCCGAGAUGGGGUCCCCAUUGGACCAAAGACUGCCUUCGAAUCAUCUGCCAUGAUCCUUUACAUUGUCCCACGAGGCAUCAAGCUAUUGGUGGAGUAUGUGAAGAAUCGAUAUAAUAGUCCUGAGAUUUUCAUCUUAGAAAAUGGAGUAGCAACAGAGUACAAUGAAACAAUAAAAGAAGAAUUGAACGAUACGAUCAGAGUAAACUUCCACCAUGACUAUCUCGUAAAUUUGUUGGAGGCGAUAGAGGAUGGAGCAAAUGUCAAAGGGUAUUUUGUAUGGAGUUUUUUGGACAACUUCGAACUUGGUUUUGGCUUCACUCUUCGAUUUGGUUUAACUUAUGUGGACUUCAAAAACCAUAAUCUUCCACGAUACUCUAAGUUGUCCUCAUUGUGGUUCCACCAAUUCCUCACAUCAAACACCACUUCUUUGCAAGAGAAACCAAAUUCUACAUACAUUCAGCGAACUUAUAUUUGAUAUUGUAUAUUACCAAAGCAUCUAUAAAAUGACCAUAACAGACAUUUUCUAUUAUGAAUUAA